AUGGAGAAGACACAGAAUAAGAAGCCAUUCAAAGGUAAUAAAACCAACGGCAAGAAGCCUAAUGGUAAGAAACCGAAUGGUAAGAAGCCAUUCAAAGGCAAAAAGAACUUCAAACCAAACAAAUCAAAUAAACCCAUGUCGUUGAAGAAACAACUUUUACAAGGAUCCAAGGUUGUAAAGGCAGAUGUAUUAAAUUGGAAACCAGUUGACAUACCUGAUAAUUUGGAAAGUUACGAAGGUUUCUUCGGAUUAGAAGAGAUCGAAGGAGUGGAUGUCGAGAUUGUCGAUGGAAAAGCCCAAUUCAAAGUCAGAGAUGACGCCAAAUUAAAGACAUCAGAAACAACCGAAGAAGAUAAUGAUGAGAUUCCAGAAGAAGAAGAAGAGUUCACAGGUUUCGAUGAUGCAGAAAAAGAAGAAUCAGUGGAGACUUCAGAGAUUUUGAAACAUCAAGAUGAAACAAAAGAUGAAUCAAAAGAUGAAUCGAAAGAUGAGGAAAUGGAUGACGACGAAGAAGAAACUGAAGAUGAAUUGAAAGCUAAUUCCUUCAUUAAUGUUAAAUUACCUGAUGAUAAUGUUCAUUUACCUCAAUGGGAUAGUCUUAAACUUAAUAGUUAUACAUUGACUGGGUUAAAAGGAUUGAACAUGUCCACCCCCACUCCAAUUCAAAAAGAAUCCAUACCGUUAGCUAUCGAGGGAAGAGAUAUCAUUGGUAAGGCUACUACAGGUUCAGGUAAGACUUUGGCUUAUAGUAUACCAAUUUUAGAGAAAUAUGUCAGUAAUUUGGAGCUUUAUCAACAAAACCAAAAGAAUAAGAUUGUCAACCCACCAACAGGUAUAGUGUUUGUCCCUACCAGAGAGUUGGCUCACCAAGUGGUAGACCAUAUAAAUAAAAUAUCCAAAUUUUAUCCAAUUCAUAAUCAUAGCGUUGUCAGUAUAACAGGAGGUCUUUCCAUUCAAAGACAAGAAAGAAUUUUGAAUUAUGGGCCAAGUAUCAUAGUUGCUACACCAGGUCGUUGUUUGGAAUUGAUUGAAAAAUCAGAAGUUUUGCUUUCAAGAUUAGCGUCAACAGAUAUUGUCGUAUUGGAUGAAGCGGAUAGAUUGUUACAAGAUGGACAUUUUGAUGAGUUUGAAAGAAUCUUAUCAUUAUUUAAGAAACAUAGACCUAAAGGAUUAGCUACUUGGAAAUGGCAAACCUUAGUUUUCAGUGCAACAUUUGCUAGAGAAUUAUUUGGUAAAUUGGUUAAUAAGAAUGUCAAAUCAAGCAACUCACAAUUGGCUGAUAACGAUGAAAUUUUACAACUUCUUAAUGAAAAAUUAAAUUUCAAAGAUAAAAAACCUUUGGUAAUUGAUGCCAAUCCUAAAGAAAUUGUUUCAGGACAAAUCACUGAAGCUUUAGUUGAAUGUGGACCAACAGAAAGAGACUUAUAUUUAUAUUAUUUCUUAUUACUUUAUAAAGGAACUACAUUAGUAUUUGCUAAUUCCAUUGAUUCUGUCAAGAAGAUUGUACCAUUUUUAAAUAAUUUAAAUAUUCCAGCAUUUGCCAUUCAUUCAUCAAUGAUACAAAAACAAAGAUUAAGAUCAUUGGAAAGAUUCAAAGAAGCCAGUGAAAAAAAUCAAGUUUCCGUAUUAGUAGCAUCAGAUGUUGCUGCCAGAGGGUUAGAUAUUCCAAAAAUUGAUCAUGUAGCUCAUUAUCAUUUACCUAGAUCAGCUGAUGUAUAUAUCCAUAGAUCGGGUAGAACUGCCAGAGCCGGGAAAGAAGGGGUAUCAGUAAUGUUCUGUUCUCCUCAAGAAGCUUCUGGACCUUUAAGAAAGUUGAGAAAGCUUGUAGCCAAUUCCCUGAAAGAUCCAACCAAAUCCAAAUUAAAUAUGCAUAAUGAUGUCAAAUUAUUACCCAUUGAAAUGGAUCUUGUCAAUCAAAUUAAACCAAGAGUAGAAUUAUCAUCAAGAUUAGCUGAUGCUAGUUUAUCCAACACAUCAACUAGAAAGGAAGAUAAUUGGAUGAAACAAGCAGCUGAAGAUUUAGGAAUCGAAAAUAUGUCAGAUUUGGAAGAUUUCGAAGAUGAUAUCAUUAAGAAGCAAAGACUUAGAAAGAAAAAUGCCAUGUUAACCAAAGAUCAAUCCAGGACUCUCAGAUAUGAAUUAAAACAAUUAAUGGCUCAACCAAUCAGAAAAUUAUCCAGAAGAUCAUAUUUAACUAGUGGAUUAGAAAAUCUUGCUCAUAUUAUGGUCACUGGUAACACACAUAAAGAUAUUUUAGGACAUGAAAAUGUCAAUGCAUUACAAGACUUAAAGGGGAAGAAUUAUAAAGGAAAAGGUGAUAAAGGAAAAAUCACCAAACCAACUGCUGCCAAAUCAAAGGCUACCAAAUCAAAGGCUACCAAACCUAAUGAUAAAGUUACUAAACCAAAGUCAAAAAAAGGCUCAAAUUAA